CCUUUAAGCUUGCUCUAAAAAACUGUGCUUGCAGAAGCACCGAAAAUAUAUAUAUAAAUAUAUAGAGAGAGUAGCAUACCAUCAAUACUCCUUUGCAGGUAAAACAGUUCCUAUACAACCUCCCGAGGGAGUAAAUUCAGUAACGUUUCAGGGAAGAAAAUAUGGGGAGUGAAGAGGAACCAAAAGAAGGUUUCCCGAAGAUGGUGAACCCUGGGAAAGCCACAAUUCUGGCUCUGGGAAAGGCUUUCCCUCACCAGCUUGUCAUGCAAGAGUUUCUGGUUGAUGGGUAUUUUAAGAACACCAACUGCGAUGACCCAGAUCUCAGGAAGAAGCUAAGCCGACUCUGCAAAACAACUACUGUUAAAACAAGGUAUGUGGUAAUGUCAGAAGAAAUCCUGAAGCAGUAUCCAGAGCUUGCCAUUGAAGGACUCCCCACUGUGAAGCAACGAUUGGAUAUCUGUAACGAUGCUGUCACGGAGAUGGCUGUUGAAGCCUCACGAGUUUGUAUCAAAAAAUGGGGCAGGCCUAUAUCAGACUUAACCCACUUAGUCUAUGUUUCCUCGAGUGAAGCUCGGCUGCCUGGUGGUGACCUUUACUUGGCCAAAGGACUUGGACUCAGCCCUGAGACUCAACGUGUGAUGCUCUAUUUCAUGGGCUGCUCUGGGGGUGCAGCUGGCCUUCGUGUAGCAAAAGACAUUGCCGAAAACAAUCCCGGAAGUCGGAUCUUACUAGCUACUUCUGAAACUACCAUUAUUGGUUUCAAACCUCCAAGUGCAGAUAGACCAUAUGAUCUGGUUGGUGCAGCUCUUUUUGGCGAUGGUGCUGGAGCUAUGAUCAUUGGCUCUGAUCCAGUUUUGAGCAUUGAGAGACCUCUCUUUGAGCUUCACACUGCAAUCCAGAAUUUCUUGCCUGAUACUGAGAAGACGAUUGAUGGGAAACUUACAGAAGAGGGGAUUAGUUUCAAGCUUGCAAGGGAGCUUCCUCAGAUAAUUGAAGAUAACGUUGAAAGUUUCUGUGAGAAGUUGAUGGCAACCGUUGGAUUGACUUACAAGGACUACAACAAGAUGUUCUGGGCUGUUCAUCCUGGUGGACCUGCAAUCUUGAACAGAAUAGAAAAACGACUAGAUUUGUUUCCAGAGAAACUAAGUGCCAGUAGAAGAGCGUUGAUGGAUUAUGGAAAUGCUAGCAGUAACACAAUUGUGUAUGUGUUGGAAUACAUGAUAGAAGAGAUCUUGAAGAAGAAGCAGCAGAAGAAAGAGAGCCAAGAAGAAGAGAGUGAAUGGGGAUUGAUUUUAGCUUUUGGACCUGGGGUUACCUUCGAGGGUAUUCUUGCAAGAAACCUGACAGUAUAAGAAUAAUGUCUUACAAUUUCAA